CCAAGUCCGCUGCUAAAUGGGGCUUAGAGGUGGGGCCCAGGGCUGCUUGCACUUGGGUACAUUGUGGUUCUACGAAAUUACAAUGGAUUCCCGUACCUUGCGUGAAUGGUGCCACAGGGUGGCUAGGAUGGCCAACCAAAGGUGUCUUCAGCCGCUGGGUGUGCCGUAGAGUGCGGGGUAGAGGCUUCAUUGGGUGUCGUUCGUUGCGUUGCUAACAGUCGCGGCGGGCGACACGCACUGGCACCCGCUUGCCAUGGUACAUGGGCUGAUGCCCUUUUCUAACUGUGAGAACGGCAUCCUUUUCUUUUCUUUACUUUCUCAUCUUCUUGUACCUGAAUACCAUUCAGCAUGGAACACACAGACACGAUCGCCUAUUUGUAUCCCCAUGGGUUUGGGGCUGUUGUCAAGAGGGCAUCAAAAGCGAUCGAGGCGAACCCGCGUUACGUGCCUCCGCGGCUUCAGCCCACCGAGGAUCGAUACAGCCGUCGCGAGCGAGAGUCAACCGAGCCACCGGAAACCCAGGGUGGUUCGGCCCUUGAUAUUUUACCUUGCCUCGUGGUCGGAUUUAGCGACGUCCCACGAACCAACCGUGGGCUUAUCUUCGGUUCGAACCCGAAUUGCGAUGUCUUUCUGGAUUAUCAGGGCAUAUCCAAUUGCCACUUCAGUUUGACCUUCGACGAAUUCAACCGCCCCAUCGUCAAAGAUUUGGAUUCUCUCAUUGGGACUCAAGUCACUUAUGAUGGGGAGGGGGAGGGGACGCGGAGGCAUUUCCAGUGGAUCGUGGGUGGCCACCGUAUCCCCCAGCGGAUGAAAAGCAUCAUCAUCACUGUGGAGGACACCAUCUCCUUCCAAAUCGUGGUUCCAUUCCACGACGUAUCGUCCCCGGUGUAUAUGGAUAAGGUCAACAGGUUCAACCAGGGCACGGCAACUGCCGAGGGCCUCCUCGACGAUCUCGGGGUCUCGAAUCCGGACACCCGACUUGCCACGGGGGCCCACACACCGGGCGCCGGAGAGAUAUACCUGAGGAAGAAACUCGGCGAAGGUGCCUUUGGCACUGUGACUCAUUUAUGGAACGUCAGUACUGGGGAUGAGCGUGUCAUCAAAGCACCUAGCCGAAAAGCCAUUCGAAAAGGGCUAGUCGACCCCAACUCGUGGCGCCGGGAGGCUCGCAUCAUGGGCCAGAUCUCACAUCCCCAUAUCGUGAGACUUGUCGGGUCGUUCUUCACACCACAACCUCAAUUAUACCUGGAAUAUGUGCCGUGUGGAUCCCUUGAGGACCAUGAGGAAAUAUCAUACGAUGAGACCUUGACGAUCAUCAAACAAUGCUUAUCAGCUCUGGCAUAUUUACAUGGGAGAGAGACGCCGAUCGCGCACCGAGACAUCAAACCGGCCAACAUCCUUGUCCAGUAUCGAUUUGGCGGCGACAUCCACGUCAAGUUAGGGGACUUCGGAUUAUCACGGGACAGCUCCGAGUUGAUGACCAUCUGUGGAACUCAGAAGUAUCUUGCGCCGGAGAUCUAUUCAGAGUUACAGCGCUAUGUUGGUGACGAAGCCAGGCUGGGUUAUACCCCGGCCGUCGAUAUCUGGUCUCUCGGCGUGGUGGCGUGCGAGCUGGCAUGCGGUCUUCCCCGAUACAAAGACCAGUAUAGGAGUAGCGGUGUUACCUGGUGCGAAAAGAUCGUCACGAGACUCCGCAGUAACUUUCAGAAGAGGCCGAGCGGCCUAGGACGACUUCUGUUGAACACCAUGGUUAUCCUGUCGCCAGAGUCGCGGUUCUCAGCUAGCGACUGCUAUGAUGUGGUGGUGGAUCUAUCUGGUGCCGAGGAGGGCUCCUUUCACACAUCGACCCUAGCUUCAUACCCCGAGGAAGAGGACCAGACGACGCUUAUAUACAACCCGCAGAAUUAUGGAGCUGAGGACCCAUCAACUGUGGUCUACCAGCCAAGGUCUAUGGGAGCGGCUACCUCAUCCUAUUUCGUCAGGUCAGAAGCACCGCCUCCUGAGUCGUUUUCCUCGUCAAGUGUGACCCAGAAGACGGACGAAGCGUCCGAAGCACCAUCGUCCGAAGCGGUCAGACGGUACACCAAUUGGCAACAAGGCCAUGAAAUGACCCAUUUUUUGGAAGACUACUCGGCGGAUCCAUUCAAUCCCGUCUAUGUUGGAUCAAUCUUAGCUUCACAGCUAGGCGGGAACAAUUCGGACGGUCGAGCGAGCCAAUUCUCGCAAGGUUCUGCGCAGAAGGACCAGGCCUGGGCCGCAGGUUCGGAGACUGGUAUUGGCUCAAGACUCGCAAGAUCGAGUAUUCCGCGAAGCGAGAACGGAGGAUGGCACCCAGCGAAUGGAACUCCUACAACGGAGGGAGUCAAUUCGAUCGGCGUAGAUGAGUACGAGGAAAUGGCACAGGCGGCAUUUAUGCUUCAAGCCAUUGGCCAGGGCUUCGGGGCGCCGUAGAGACGUGGAGAAAUUAAAGGAUUUCAGUCUUUACCUUGUAUUAUAUUCUAGGCCUGUUUGUUCCUUGAGCCAUGUGCGAUAUUCUUAUCGAUAGUGUGAUCUUAUCGAUAAGACCCUGCUCUGUUGCUGAGACUUCCUUCACCUGGACCGAGUACCACAACCGGAUCUGGCUAGCAACGAGAUGUUCCCGAAAUGGCGACUAAUGG